AUGGUGUUGAGUUAUUUGAAGUCCUAUGUGACUAACACUGUUCCCCAAAAACCGGUCCCAUUUGUAAAUAAACAAGAUCAAACUGAAGCUGGAUUACCGGAUAUUAUCAAGCAGUCGGUAAAAGAAUUGAGUGAAGGGUACUCGUAUUGGCUGUACCCAUUCUUAUCAUCAGGGCAUUUACAGACAGCAUAUACAGCAGUUAGAAAGUUUGAGAACAGAGAUGAGGUCUGUUAUAAAAGAAGGUUAAUGACUGUUGAAGAUAUUCGUUAUAAAGUGAAUGAUGAUGAACUUCCAUAUGACCGUUGGGAAGGGCAGAGUACAUUUGCAAUUGAUUAUGUUGUAGCUCCAGGUAAUGAGGAUAAAGAACAUGAGAGAUUCAAGCCCGAAUCGCAAGUGCUUGAUUUACCUCCUAGAACUGAAUAUUUAGACCCAUCCAAAGAACAAUCGUUACUUGACGAUGAAUCAAAGCCCUUGGUUAUUGCAUUGCACGGAUUGUCCGGAGGAUCAUUUGAAUCAUAUCUCAGAGCUUUUGUACAUAAGAUUACUCAGGAGCCUUAUGGGUUUGAUGCAUUAGUCCUUAAUUCAAGGGGUUGUGCUAAUCAUACCAUUACUUCACCACAAUUAUUUUGUGGAUUGUGGACUAACGAUUUGAGGUAUUUAAUUAAUGAGCACAUUUUAAAGAAAUGGCCUAAUAAAAGAAUUUACCUUAUAGGUUUUUCAUUGGGGGGUGCAAUAAUUGCUAAUUAUUUAGGUCAAGAAUACGAUGCAGUUUCUAAAAAUAUUAAAGCAAGUAUAAUUGUUUCAUCGCCAUGGUCAUUCCCGGAUUCAAGUUACCGAUUACAAGAAUCGUUGUUAGGAAAUAGAUUAUAUUCUCCAGCCAUGUGUCAAAAUUUGUUAAAACUUUUGAAAAAUCAUUAUGAAGGUCAUUUAAAAUAUGAUAAUGUUGUUGAUGAUUACCAUAAGAACCCAGAAUCUUAUAAAGUUGAAAAAUUAAAAGAUUUUGAUGAUAACUUUACUUCAAGAUUAUUUGGUUUCAAUUGUGCAGAUGAAUAUUAUAGGCAUGCAUCUCCUUCAAAUAGAAUUUCUAAAAUAAGAGUUCCAACAAUCUUAUUAAAUUCUCAAGAUGAUCCAAUUGCAAGUUAUAAGAGUUUACCGGAAACAGAAAUCAAAUUAAACCCUUAUACUGUAUUGAUUGGUACUACCAUUGGUGGACAUCUUGGUUGGUUUGACUACAAAGGGGAUAGAUGGUAUGCUGAGCCAGCCUCUAACUUAUUCAAAGAAUUAGAUAAAAACUGGGAAAUUAAUGAAAAAGCUUUGAAGUCAAGUGACUUGCCUUUAGUUGAGCCUACUUGGAAGUACGAUAGAAUUGUAUCUUAG